AUGGCGACCGACGAAGCCAUUGCAGCCGGGCUUAUCGACUGGAUCAACAGCCUCGCUGUCGCAGAGCCGGUGUACACUGUCGACGACUUCACCAACGGCGACCUCAUAUGGAAAGCCCUUCAGCAAAUCGACCGCUUCAGCUUUCCCGGUAAACUCCCAGAAGACCCCGAGACCGAUCAGUGGCUCAACAAGUGGACCAACCUCAAACACAUUUAUGAUGCGCUGUCAAUAUUCCUCGUCGAGGAAUGCGGGCAACGACUGCCGUUGCCUGGUGGUCGCCCUGACCUCAAGGCCAUCGCCCAAGCCUCCUCUCUUACCGAUACCGUCGCUCUCCUGAAGCUGCUCGUGGUGGCUGCCAUCAAUUGCGCCGAUCGUAUUGAGUACUUGAAGCAGAUGCAGGAGCUGGCAGAGUCGACCCAGGAAGUAUUGAUGCAAACAGUGCAGGAGGCUGGAGAAGAUGGGGACGAACCUGACGAGGCCGACGCGGAAGACGCAAUUGAUCAAACUCAAGAAGAACUUCUCAGCUCUCCCCGUCGCUCCACAGAGAUGGAAUCUGUCCUGGAGUCAGAAGAGAGGCUAGGCAAAGUCAUCGCCGAUAACCAGCGGAUAGCGUAUGAGAAACGAGAAUUGCAGAAACAGCUUGACGAGUCGUAUUCACGCUACGAGAAACUGCAAGAGCGUUUCGACCAAGCACAAGAUGAUAUAAAAGAGUCUAAUGAUCGCCUGGCUGCCAUUCUAGCAGGGAAAUCCGACAUUUCGACCCGGCCACUGGACUCCAAACAUGACACUCUGAUUGCGAAUUUGGAGAACCGUGUACUGGAAACCGAGUCAGAAGUGGAGGAGCUGCGGAAGAGUAAUGAGGUCCUCAAAAUCAAGGCCGAAAAGGCCCAAAAGCUGCAGGACGAUUACGAUGAGAUGAAGAUUGACCGAGAUCGUCUGGCCCGGAAGGCAAACACGGCGGAGAAAUACAGACAGAAGUUGGAAGCCAGCCAGGACCUGGAGAAGGACAAUGCAAGCUUGAGGGCGAAAGUGACCGAGCUUCAGAACCAGCUCAAGCAGUCUGAUUUUGCUCAGGCGAACUCGAGCGAUUUGCAUCGAGAGAUUGAUGAAUACCGUCGGCUCUUGCCCAGCAUUGAACAGGAAAGAUACGAGUUAAACGAGAUGAAAAAGAGGCUCGAAUUUGAUUACCACGCACUGGAAGCACGGUAUCACGACGCCGUUGAACAGUUGUCUCGUCAAAACCAUGCUUUGGAGGACCUACAAAGCAGACUGCGUGACUACGAAGAAGGAAUCACCCCAGCGCCGAGGGAAGAACGGCCUCCGGACCCGGUCAAUAGAGACUUUGAGAAAGAAGAAGCCGAACUCGCCGAAUCAGAAGCCCGCCUUGCCGCUGCACUACUUAACGGAGGCGCCACCUCUGCAGCGGGCAAGGAUACGGAUCUUACUCUUCCAAGGGAAACCGAGGCGACCAUCCCGGGCCUCGAAGACAAGGAGAGCAUCUCGGAGGAUGAGCUGAAAGCAAUCAUGUCAGCUAUGCGUGCGCAGGCACAGGCCGGAACUGCCACGGAGAGAGAAUCGUCUCUCCGCGCACAAAAGAAACUGAUCUUGGCGAUCGAGCAACAGAGAACCAAGAACAGGCUCCUGCUCGACCACGUCCAGAAGCAGGACCAAACAAUCAAGGACAUGCAGAAGGUCGAACGUGAAAGAGAGUUCCAGAAAGCUGAGCAAGAUACUGUACCUCCAAUCGUGGUGGAAGAUGCCCCAGCAAGCUCUUCCCACUCGCUUGACGAGGAAUCAGAAAUCGAUCAACUCACAACCCAAAAUAUUAUUCUCCAGCGUGAACUUAAACUCAUGGCGUCGGCGUGGUAUGAUCAAAAUUUGCGGCUUGCGAGCGCGAGCUCGGCUGCAUCAGGGCGGAAUAGGGGAACUGGUAAUGCUGGUGAGCCCCGAGGAUUCCUAGGGCGGCAAAGGCGGAGGGUUGAUGCCGUCGCCUUUGGACGAAUCUGA